AUGACUUCAAAAGAACAGGCCGGUGGGCCUAGCACGCCAACCGACGAUGGCGGCUUUCCGAAACCCCAAUUUCCUGGACGCUCCGACCGACCAGGCCCGCCGAGUAUCAUCUCGUCGCGAAUGACCGACAUCGCGUCCGACGACGGCGGGGAUGCUGUAGCCCAGACCUUGUCCGAAAAUCCGCGCAGAAAAUCUGGUCUGGCUUCAGAAACUGUGUCACGGCCAGGGACGGCCAAGACAGGCAUGUCUGGACCCCUCGAAGGCCGGAGACGGGGUCCGCCCCCACGAAUGAAUUACAUUACCAGUCUCAACGAGAAGAGGGGAAGCAUCGGAGGCGGUAGUACCGCUGGUUCGAUCAGCAGCAGACCGCCUAGCUCGACAAGUCGAAGUCAUGUUCCGUCUCUUACGUCUUCAGCCUUCUUUCGUCCCAUGAGUUCCCAAAAGCUGCAAGCCCAGCGUGGUGGUUCACGACCUGCGACCCGUCAGCAACCUACAUUGGAGGAUACCGAACCUACACCCGAACACAACCAGAGUGCCGCCGCAGCAGCAGCUGUAGCCAGUGGAGGACCAAAUGCUCGGCACAGCGUCAUCUCAAACCCGGUUUCGAAUCCCGUUGCGCGCCUCCAGCGGCAGCUUAGCGACGACGACAACAUGAGACCACCUCCGUCUCGCGGAACCGAAUACACCGACCAAGGAACGUACGAUCGAAUCACCGCCAACACGAGCCCGACUCAUGGUCACUAUGCUGCCGGUAGUAUGUCCGAGAGCGUCACGCCGCUGCAACGGAACCAGCGCAAUAGCCGAAACCUGAGCGUCAAUGUCGACAGGGGCUUCAGAGAACGAGGCAAUCAACCUAGCCCUAUCAAAUCGCCGCGAUCUUUCCGCUCAAGUUUCUUGCUGCCAGGCAGAAGUGACCAGAACAAGUCUAACCGGACUCUACCUGGCGGCGAAAAGCUUUCAUCGACCGCAUCCACGCCGCAGCUCAACCCAGUAGACUCUUCGAGACCCGCCGACAAGAACAACUUGAAGAAGUCCAAGACAAACCUUGGCUAUGUUUUCCAGUACUUCGAAGGCAAUACUGUCUUCUGCUUGGGAGGGCGAUUCCAGAACACCAAGCAUCGGCCAGUCAACGUAGCCACUGGGCUGUUCAUCAUUAUUCCCGCCGUCCUAUUCUUCGUCUUCUCAGCCCCUUGGAUAUGGCAUAACAUCAGUCCUGCCAUCCCAAUCACUUUCGGAUACGUCUCCUACAUUUGCAUUUCCUCGUUCCUCCACGCAUCCCUGUCGGACCCAGGCAUUUUGCCGCGAAACCUUCAUGCCUUUCCACCGGCUGAUUCGACAGAGGAUCCUCUCCGGCUCGGGCCUCCGACCAACGACUGGACGCUGAUCAAGUCAGCAGAGUCAGCCACGGCCGCCAUGGAAGUUCCAGUAAAACAUUGUAGAACAUGUAACAUUUGGCGGCCUCCUCGGGCUCAUCACUGCCGACUGUGCGACAACUGCAUCGAGACCCACGAUCACCACUGCGUUUGGCUCAACAACUGUGUCGGAAAACGCAAUUACCGAUAUUUCUUUGCUUUCGUCUCCUCGGCAACCUUCCUCUCUCUCUACCUCCUUGGCGCCUCUCUAGGCCAAAUUCUCGUACACAUGCACCGAUCCGAUAUUUCCUUUGGUAAAUCCAUCGACGACUUCCGCGUUCCCUUCGCUAUGGUCAUCUACGGCUUCAUUGCCUUCUUAUACCCUGCUGCCCUCAUGGGCUACCACAUCUUCCUCAUGGCUCGAGGCGAAACAACGAGAGAGUACAUCAACUCUCACAAGUUCAUCAAGGCAGAGCGGUUCCGAGCCUUCACUCAGGGCAGCAUGCUCAAGAACUGGAUCGUCGUCCUCUGCCGACCGAGGCCUCCUACCUACUACCAAUUCAAGAAGAGGUAUAUUGGUGGUGAUCAACGCCUCGGUGCUCUCCGGGAUCAGAAGGUCGACAUUCAGGGUAUGGAAAUGCAGAACGUCAGACCAACGACAGGGUUUCAAGGACCCGUCUCCUUGCGCAACGAAACAAGCACUACCGCGACAUAA